AUGCAGCCACCUACCACAACAACACAAGGUCAUCUUGAAAAGCCGCGUACUAAGAAACGCGUCAAAUUCACGCCGGAGGAAGACGUCCUUCUGUUGGACUUUGUCGAACAGAUGAAAUCAAAAGGAUGCUUACCUCAAUCGAAGGUUAUCUACCUUGAACUCGUUCAAAAUAAGGACGGCAAAUGGCCGUGGGGUCAAGGACGCACCGCUAAGGGAUGGUCUCGAAGAUACCAGAGACUCCUCCGAGUCAAAGAAGCACCAACUCAGGCGGCGAGUACUAAGCUGAUAUACACCACCCAAAUGUGUAAAACUAAAAACCACCAUGCGACUCGAAGGAACAAAAGUCAAUCAGAUAGUAAUUGGAAGGAUGGGUCAAUGUGCCAGGAGAAGGACAUUGGUUCCUGUUCUUACAUGCUAGGAAUAAGCCCUGACAAUGAUUUGGAAGAGGAGAGGGAGGUUGAAGAGUCUCUGAUAUGCCAUCCAAGAUGGCGGCACAAGCACAAGGCUACUCUCCAAGAGUUCUUUUCUCGGCAAGGAAUUGGUUCCGGAGACGACAAUGAAGAGGCGGAGGAAGUUACAAAGCUGCUUUGCCCUCUGUCUUGA